AGAAAAAAUAGGAAGCGGGAAGAGUCUUUGGGGAGAAAGAGUUCUCGUCUUCUUCCUUUCAAGUGUUUUUCGAAUUCACUCAUCCCAAUCUUACUCUGCUUCACUCUGUAAUUUAGGGUUAGGGUUUCGUAAUAGCUCAAAUUACUCAAGAGUUAGCGAAGCUGGAGAGGCAAAGAGGAUUCGGCGACCACCAGGUCCAGGAUUCUCACCGCAAUUUGCAUCCCGGGACUUCCACUUCCUCUUCGUCUUGGUCUUCUGGUGACUUUCACCAUAAUCAUCAACCCUACUAUCAAGACCAGAGUUUUAAUGAUCCCAAUUACAAUAACACUCACCAGUCCCACUACUACCACCAUUCCGUUCGCCCUGACCACCACUCAGGCCUCUUCAAUGGCGCCAUUACCUAUGGUUCGGGUCAUCACGUGCCGAUGUCUGAACGUAAAAGGAGUUGGUCUCAUUCGAACAGAGGAAACUCGCCAGAUCGAGUAGAUGGUUAUGGUCUUGCAAAACUUUAUGUUUCUCAUAUUCCAAGAACAGCAGUUGAGCAAGAUAUCCGUCCCCUGUUCGAACAACAUGGAAAUGUAGCUGAGGUUAUUCUUUUGAAGGAUAGGAGUACAGGCCAACAACAAGGAAGCUGUUUUGUGAAAUUUGCAACAACAUUUGAAGCGGACAAGGCAAUUGCAGCUCUAAACAAUCAACAUUAUUUUCCUGGGGAACAAGUACCUAUUACGGUGAAGUAUGCAGGCAAGCCAGAAAGAGAAAGAGAACGAGAACGUCAUGGGGCACCUGAUAAUAAAGUGUUUGUUGCGAUGUUAAACAAGGAAGCUUCAAGGGAGGAAAUUAUGGAGAUAUUCUCUCCAUAUGGUUUUGUUGAAGACGUCUACAUUAUUCUUGAUGAAAUGAAGCAAAGUCGUGGAUGCGGGUUUGUUAGAUUUUCUCAUGCAGACAUGGCCGCCACAGCAAUCAAAGCAUUAAAUGGAACUUACACUAUGAGGGGUUGUGAUAGGCCAUUAGCCGUACGUUUUGCAGAACCUAAGAAAGUUAGGAAUGGAGAAGGAAGGAACAAUAAGAUGUUUAGUGGAAUGCCCUUUGGCCCCCAUUCUCAUGAACCAGUUGUUAGGACAACAACCAACCUGGGUGACUCCAUGGUGGGGCAUAACCGGCCUAAUGCACCUUAUCUUGCACAACUUUUCUCGUUAACGACACAACCACAAGCAGUUUCUUUGGUGGCAAACCAGGAACCUCUACAGUUGCCGCAGAUGCAAAAUAUAAAAACACCCACUCAACAAUUUCAAGGUGAAGUUCAUGAUUUUCCAAGGCAGUUGCAUCUGAUUCAACCUUCGAAACAAACGCUAGAGCAGCAAAAGCUGUCUCAGGCUAGCGGACAAUCGCCUCUACCAACAGGAAGCAGUUCCCAGGAAGUUGCUUACAAUAUUCCCAGAGCUGCAGUGCUUGCAAAUCCUCAGACACCCGAACUUCCAGAAUGUGAUUGGAGUGAGCAUACCUGCCCUGAUGGGCAUAAGUAUUAUUAUAAUUGUAUCACUCGUGAAAGCUUGUGGGACAAGCCCAAGGAAUAUGGUUUGUUUGAGGAACAGUUAAAGGAGAGACAGCAGCAAGCUGCUGUCCACAAGCUUCAGUCUUCUUCAUUGGUUCUCUCUAAACAGCAAGCUGCUCAAACACAAGAAAGUCAAAGUCAAGCUCAUGUUCCCCCUUAAAAAUCUUAAACCUAGAAAAACCUGCUCUAUCUGCACAGGAACUUAUUCAUGUUGAAGUACAAUGACGGCAAGUUCAUGGCAUUUUGCAACCAGUGUUUUCGAAGGUAUCUGGUGCAUCUGUGAUUGAUCUUCUUGAACCACUGAAAUAUUUAUUUAGACAACAAAAGAGAUGGUUCUGCAGUGCUUUUAUAAAAUCACUGUAGUUGGUGUUAACACAUAGAGUGAUUGUCAUCUGAAGCAGCUCUCUUUAUUUCCCCAGCUGUUAAUUUCUGAUAUAGAAUAGUUUUAACAAUCCAACUAUGAAGUUCGAAGAUCAUCCUGAUUUCCCUAUUUUCCUGUCUACCUGUAUUUUAUUUUACUUUAUGAAUAGCAUUGUUGGAUAAAAGGAGUCUUUUUGGGUAAAUACCAUUUAUGUUGAUUACUGUAUGUAAAUCAGUAAAUGUAGUCGAUGUGGGGUCUAUCAUGGUUAAUAUGUAACACAUUUUUCUUAUUAAUUGAUGUUCAGCAGAAUGGAUAUAAAGAGAUAGAUUCUCACCCUUUUUCUAUUUUUCGUUUGUUUGUGUUUGAGUUUUCAUUUCUUGAAUUAGAGAAGGAAUUUGCGCAGCAUUCUGAGUUGAGAACUAUGGAGAAAGCUUUAAAAGGCAUGCAUAUUAGGUUCAGGUAGAAAAAAUUGGCCUUAGGUUACAUGUGCUGUUCAAUGUUUCUUAUAUUGUAUAUGUUUACCUAACCUGCUCGGUUAUAUAUGCAUGCACAUAUGAAUAUUUUAAAGUGACCUUAAUUAGUUUAUUAUAGAACAAAAUAUUCUCGUUGUAUUUUCUUUCAGAUUUGGAUUCGAUGUGUUAACAGAGAUAUGUCAUAUAAGCCAAAAUGUAUGAAGCUCCUCUCAAAUACUUAAAAGCAAAUGAUACUAUCUUUCUUGUCUCUCUAAUUAUUAUUGAUUAUUUAUUGUUAUGAUGUCUUUAACUUUCAUUCAAAUGAAUGCUUCUCAAUUCUGCUAGGUGAGGUUGUACCUGUUACUAUGAUUGUUUUACUAACUUAUAAACCUUUUGGAGGUUGCACUUAUUUGGCUUUAAAUUAUAGUCAUCAUUGUGCCAAAUGGGUUCAAUAGAUAGGUUUUUAAGAAACUCAUGAUACCCUGCAAUUUAUUUUUUUCUUGUAUUUGAUGACUAUAGUGGUGGUGGUUCUGUUUAGAUUGAUAAGACCGACUUUGAUGGCCAUAAUAAUGUGUACGAGUUAAUAGAGAGAGAGGCGCAUAAUGGGUUAUGUAGUAGUAGUGUUUUGCCUUAUGGGAUCGAUCCGCAGAUGAUGAUGAUGCUGCUGGUGUUUGACAAUUUCACAUGGCUGACGAAAAUGCUAAAGUGGAUUUGAGCCAUAGAAAUGGAACAUAAAAGGUUCCCAUGUCUCUAUCAAGAUCCUAUUCGAGCUUUAAUGUGGAGGGUUAAUUAUUUAAUUAAUUUAUUUUGAAUGUGAAAGGGAGGGUUGGUGACCUGUUAGUUUUCUUAGCGUUCUCAACUAGACCAUCAUUCAAUGAACCAAAUCCACGAGUGGAUCCAAUGGUAUAAACGGGAAAUAAAGGCAUUUAUCUAACAGGAUAAAAGUGGGUCCCAUUUUGGGCAGUGAUUGGAAAUUUUUAUUUAUUUAUUUUGACCAAAUGUGCAGAGAGAAAGAGGAGUGUUGUGGCAAUUACUCUCGAGGUAGCAUUAAAUUCUCCACACCAAAAAUCUGAGAGUUGUAUGUAAACCCCUUUCUCUGGAAUUGUUUCUUUCUUCUUUUUUUACAGACAAAAAGAGGAAAAGUUAAUAAGGGGUCCUAAAAAACAUUAAUUGCUGGAUAGAGAAACUCCAACCCUCACACAAUCGAAUCAUGACUCUCAAUGAAAUCAAUGCACAUUCCUUCAACACAUCAAAAACAAAGAUAUAGGACAAAGGAGCGGUCAGAAGAAAUUAAUUAUAAGAAACCCACAUUUACUAUACUUGUUAUCUAUCUUUAUUUACAUAACCCCAAACCCCACAUUGCUCUCUACUCUCUAGUAGUAUACCCCUCCAUUACUUUUCCAAAAAAAGUAAUAUAAAAGAAAAAUAAAAAUAACUAGCCACUACCAGAGCUGGAUUAAUCAGAAUCAGCAUUUGGGUAAUGUAUAUAUAAAAGCAAAAAAAAAAAAAGGAAAUAAA